GCAAACCGAGCUCUCAAAUGGCCGUCUACCUCGUUCCUUCAACCUUCUAUUGGAUUUUUGUCGUGUAUAAUUUUCCAAAAUUGUCCUCAUUGUCUACGUGUCACUCUGCAUUCGACUCUCUCUCGCCUUUAUACCUCUCUCUCUCUCUCUAUCCGGUUCCAUUCACCAUCCAUCUCUCUUGCUCCUCUCCCCUUAGGUAAAGAAUGAAUAGAAUCCCCAUGGAUCAGUAUGGCCAGCCUGCAAUGGUGCUCUCCUUUGCCGAACAACUCCAGUACCAAAUCCCCAUAGAACAGUACUAUGGCCAGCCUGCAAAGGUGCUCUCCCUCGCCGAGCAGCAGCAGGAGAUGCAGCUGCAUGCAUUCUGGACAAAGCAGAUGGUUGAGAUAGAGCAGCUCAAAGAAUUCAAGAACUACAGCCUCCCACUCGCCAGGAUCAAGAAAAUUAUGAAAGCUGACGUAGACGUCAACAUGAUUGCAAGUGAGGUCCCCGUCGUGUUCGCUCGAGCGACCGAGAUGUUCAUACUGGAGCUAACAAUUAGGGCAUGGAACGUUGCUGCAGGACACAAGCGCCGUACUAUGCUGAGGAACGACAUCGCUGUAGCCAUCGCGAAGACCGACAUCUUCGACUUUUUAGUUGAUAUCGCACCUGUUGAAAAUACCAAGACCAAGGAGGUUAAUGAGCCUGAAUCAGUUCCCUACCGCCCUUUCCCUCCUCAGCCUGAGAACCCAGCAGCAGGGAUGGUUAUAGUGUCGAUGAUGGAAAAACCGGUGGACAAUUUUCAGUGGGGGAAUGAUAAUGGUUUCGACUUUGGGGAUGGUUCCAAGAAUAAUGGUGAGUGAGAAGAAAGUUUAUGGUUUUAUGCGUGUAUGUUUUAUUGAAGUUAAGUUGUUGUUAAGGGGCUUAUGGGGUUUAUGAGUGGGAAGGAGAGAAGUUUGUCUACCAGUGCUCUUUAUAGAAGUGAGACAUUGUUAAAAGGUAAGGGGAGUUUUGUGUUUUGUUGAAUGUCCAGUGCUGUAACUUGAAGUUGCUAAGUUAUAGUAAAAAGUUUAGUAAGUACAUUAGCGUAUUAUA